AUGUGGCAAACAUUGCCGUUUGCUUUGUCCUUGGUGGUGGCCUUGCUGCCGACGGCCACUGCGGACGGAACAGGUACUUUCACGGUGGUACCUCCCACAGUCGCUUCACUUCGUGGCAGGAGCAUUCCCAUACGUGAGGAUGGAGUUAGAUUGCUGGAAAUCCCAGAUGCUGUGGAACCUAUGGACACGUCGGACGCUUCGGGCCUCAUGCUGAACCACGUGGUGUCACACUUCUUCCGCGAUGUUGAAGCAGUGAACAGCCAGAAAGGCAGGCCCAUGCGUUUGCAGGUGGUAUCCGCGUCCUUGACCAUCUUGAUCUAUGCCAUGAUCGUACGGCGCUCCUUGCUAACUCGGCCCGGGAGCCGUUCAGUGAUCUUCGUUCCGAAGGUUUCUGUGGCCAAGGAGGUCUGCAAAGAACUGGAGACUUGCCACCUGCGCACCAACUUGAUCAGCGGCAAGGAUGUCCGUUGCGACCCAACGGCUGACGUUACGGUUUGCUUAGCCAACCGGGCCGAUUGCCUCCUUGGCCAGCAUUUCCACGUCAAGCUCGUCGAUUGUGCCGAUCGACUGCAACUACCGGGCGUUCGAUGGAAGAACAUCCACAAGGACGUGACUGCGGACAUGUGCGCCGAGUUCUCUACAUGCUUCAGCGGCAUUGAGGUGGACCACGACUAUACGCUGACCUGCGCUGUGUCCGGCCGCACAGCUCUGCCAGGAAGCUCAUUGCGGUGCUUCCUCCGGCCGUUGACGAAAGUCGCUUCCCACUGGGCCGGCGUGGUCAGGCUGAUGAGAACGAGCUGCGCAGGUUCUCCAACCGUGCUGGUCUUUACACGGGUCGAGCGCGCUCGUCAGUGUGCCGAGCAGCUCUGCGCUGGGGGAAUCCCGGCCUCUUCAUUGUCCGCUGCGGAUGGAACAGGAAGCCGAAGGCGACUCUUUGAAUCCUUUGGCUCCGGAGAACUCCGCGCCUUAUGCGUGACGAACAAGUUCUUCAAGCGGGCAGACUUUCCACCUAUGGAAACUGUGGUCCUGGCGGAUCCGAAUUUCCGCCAAGAUGCGUGCCGGCAGCUGGCUGCGCGUGCACUGGAGCUCAGUGAUCAGAAGUGUGGUCCGACCAGGCUCAUUCAUGCCUUUGAUGCGGAUGCAUCGGACGAAGAGCUGGAGCGAAAUGCUCGCAGGGUGAUCGAUCCCAUGGAAGGCCUUGGAUCAGCUGCGGAAUGGAGGCUUUUGACUGCCUCCGGGUCCAGUGCUCCCUUCUCUGAAGAAGAGAUGUGGAGCCUUUUGCAGGAGGAGGGCCGGUCAAAGAGGAGAAAGAUGGAACGAGACUGGUUGAUUCGCCUCUGCAUGUGGCUGAGAGACAAUGGCCGAGUACCGCAAAAACGUGCGGGCUCUCCCGAAGAGAGGCUCAUGGCCAGCCGAUGGUUAAAAGCCAAUGCACAUCUGCGCAAAAACCAGUUCAGCAAGGUGGAGGUGCAGCUGUUCAAAGAUGCCUCUGCGCAGCUCCGAGCAGGCAUGGUAAAGCCAAGAUCGGUGGCGCUGCGGGGGUGGAUGCAGAGCUUGCGCUGUUGGAUGUCCUUACACCAGAAAAGGCCGUCCUCGAUCAGCCGGGAUGUGCUGGAGAAGAAGCAUCAUCGCAGGUUGGCACACAGCUUCGCUCUUCUUCGAGCUGGAAAGCUUAGUGAGGCAGAGGCCAGAUGGCUGCGAAACUGUGAGUUUGCGCAGCUCGAGAAACCCUCGACUCCAACUUGGCUGAUCUCUUUGGCUGCCUGGAUGCGGUACUACGAGCGCAAGCCACGCAAGAAUGCGUCGGGCCACGAGAAGCUUCAAGGGACCCGCUUGCAGAAAGCCAUGCAGAUGCUACGGAGCGAGCAGCUGUCCACUGCAGAGAGGCUGCUGCUCACUGAUAGCUUGGACUGGCUGGAGGAGGUGGAGGGGAGGCCUUCUAUCUGGCUAUGUGGCCUCUACGCCUGGGUGCGCGCUCAUGGCCGGACUCCUCGUUUUGUGUCCGAUGACAUGGAGCACCUUCAGGCAGGACGAUGGAAGCACGCAAGGAAGCUCUGGCAAAUGGGCGCCCUUCGAGAGACAGAAGAGCGACUCGUCGCAGAGUGCAAGGACUUUCAGGACAAGCGCAAAGACAUGCCGAAGUUGGAGGAGGGGCCUCGAAUCUGGCUUUGCGAUCUCUAUGCCUGGGUGCGCGCUCAUGGCCGGACACCGCAGUUCGUGUCCGAUGACGUGGAGCGCCUUCAGGCAGGACGAUGGAAGCACGCAAGGAAGCGCUGGCAACUGGGCACCCUGCGAAGCACAGAAGAGCGGCUGGUCGAACGGUGCAAGGACUUUCAGGACAAGCUGACGCUGAAAGGACCCUGA